CGCCGCUGCGCCGGCGGGAGCGCCCAGGGCCGCGCCGGGCCGGGCCGUGCCGUGCCGGGCCGCCGAGCAGCGCGCAAAGAGGCUCUGCAUUGACAUCACAAUGACACGGUGAAGCUGAAGGCUGGAGCUGGGAACAGUUCUUCUGCUUCACUUUUGAUAAUUGAGUGAGUUUGCCGCCACUGCAUUCCUUCCAGCAUGGCCAAGAGUGCAGAAGUGAAGUUGGCGAUCUUCGGUCGAGCUGGCGUGGGCAAGUCAGCUCUCGUGGUGCGCUUCCUGACCAAGCGGUUCAUCUGGGAGUACGACCCAACGCUGGAGUCGACAUACCGUCACCAAGCUACCAUUGAUGAUGAGGUGGUUUCCAUGGAGAUACUAGACACAGCUGGCCAGGAGGAUGCCAUUCAGAAAGAAGGACACGUGCGAUGGGGCGAGGGCUUCGUGCUGGUUUACGACAUCACGGACAGAGGCAGCUUUGAGGAAAUGCUGCCACUUAAGAACUUGUUGGAUGAAGUCAAAAAGCCCAAAAAUGUCACUCUAAUCCUGGUGGGGAACAAAGCAGAUUUGGAUCACUCCAGGCAAGUCAGCACGGAGGAAGGUGAAAAGCUGGCCACGGAACUUGCGUGUGCUUUUUACGAGUGCUCUGCUUGCACGGGAGAGGGCAACAUUAUGGAGGCCUUCUAUGAGCUCUGCCGGGAGGUGCGGCGCCGCAAGAUGGUCCAGGGCAAGACUCGGAGGCGAAGCUCCACCACCCACGUCAAGCAGGCCAUUAAUAAGAUGCUCACCAAAAUCAGCAGCUAAAAAAGAGCUGUCCUUAGCCAGAGAAGCAGAGCAUGCUUAAUGAGAAAUGGUCAAAUCUUUGCCAUGAAGAAAAAAAAACCCAAAAAGACAAACACCACCACUUUUUUUGAGUAACGUGGAAUCGUACUAUUUUCCUGUUUUGAAAUAUAUUUAGCCACACUGCUUUUGAGUAAUGUGGGGAAAAAAAAGAAAAAACAAACACCAAAUGAACUCCAAAGGACUCAAAAAUUGUGGAGAUUGGCGACCAAGAGAGAAUCUUCUGCUUCUAGGUGACUGGCUCCAAUCCCCUGCAAGUCAGUAGUGCCUAAACUUCACUUCCAGUCAGGCAGGUGCUCAGUAGCCAUUGGAGAGUAAGAUUCAGUCCUCAGUCCAUCAACAACCAUCACAACUGGUGUUCUCCAGGACUGACUAUGUGUAGAGGCUGCUGCGUUGUAACAAAGUUCACCUGACACCUUCACCAGCUCUGAGUUGGCUCACUGUAUGCUUUCACUCCUUCCUUGUUAUUUUUAUCAAAUCUAUGAGUGUUGAUGUUCUUAGCAAGGUAUGCAAAAAAUAUAGGAAAGGUCAAUUUCCUGGAGCAUUUAGCCAGCUAGACACACAUUUCAAGAGAGCUAAAGUUCAGCUGCUUUUCCAGCUCCUCUGAAACUGCAGAGUUUUCCAUAAAUAAUCAUCUAGUCCAGCAGCAUUUCACCAUUUCCCCCCAAAGCAUUGUACUUGGGGAAAUGGGAACCAUCUUACUAUUGAUUUAGCUAUGGGUAGAUUUUAGAUUUUUUUGUUGUUGUUGUUGUUUUUUUGUUGUUGUUGUUGUUUUCUUUUGGAUUCCAUUAGUUCUUCUUAGUUUAUUUUAUACUGAAGAACUGAAUCCUUGGGAAGGCAAGUACUUAAAGUCUAAAUCAGAUCUGAAUGGCCUCUACUAUAUCAAAAGACCGUAAUUUUCAGCUCUUUAAACUCCCAGAUGCUGCUUGGAGCACCCUGGGGCUCAAAGCAGUGCAGGUUUUUUGUGACUUUUGUCUGACACAUUGAGGCGGAAAUGCAUUUUAUCAGAUUUUAGUGCCUGGGAUAAAAGGUGUCCAGUGCUUUCCUUCUCCCUCAUCAUCUCAUUUAAGCCAGCUGCCAAGUUUUGCCUCCUCUCUAGUUGGUUUGUGAACUGCUAGAAUAUGCAAGAACCAAGACUGGAAGCUUUUCAUCCAGAUUGUGCUGGUCUCCCACCAGUGAUGGAGCAUCCCUUUGGGCAGAUCAGAUUGUCAAUGUGUAGAACCACAGCCAAGGGCUGGGAUGACAAAUUAGCAGUGUUCUCCUUUGAGGAACAGCCCCCUUGGAGCAUUUGCUUACAGCUUUAUUCUCCACUUUGUAUGUGGUUAUUUGUGAGGAACUCCAAAAGCCUAUCAAAAGCAAAUUGCCGCAGAUGUAGGAAAGUGAGUAAAUCUAACUGGCUAGCAGUUUGUAGAGCUAUAGGUAACCAUAUAGGUGGUGAAACAUAUCGAAGAAGCAGAUCUGUAUAUCCAUGUGAACAGAGAAAAGUUCCAAAUUACAACUUCUAUUAAAAGUAUUCACUUAAAGAUGUUUUACCAAAGUAAAUUUUUUAAACUUUCACUUUUACUCAACCAGCAAAGAACAUCACAUUCAGAUGUAUAUUUUAUUUGGGCUGUUGUUUGUUUUCUCUGUUUCUAUAUCUAGGUCGUAAAAACUCAUUUGACUGUCCUGGAAUCAAUGUCUAUAAUUUGGUCCUCAUGUUCACGUGUGUUGCUGCACAUCAUCUGGACACAUGCAAUGGAAGCUCCACUGUGUGCCUCAGGGCAGGGGGUUCUUUCAACAGGCCUCUGUGACACACUUGUUCCCAAACUACUCAUCAUAUCAUUAACUUUUUAUAAAAGGAAAAAAAAA